AGCAAAUGAACCGUGCAUUUGUAGACUCACACACGACCACCUAAUUUGUAGUUAUCUGUCACAUAUACACACGCAAUCAUGCUCCGCGUGCUUGCCGGGCGAUCCGCCACCAUCUUAAGACCACGCGUAGUACAAUCUGCUCGCAUCACCCUUGUGAAUGCACAACGUACAUAUGUCGAUUUCAGUCGUGACAAACCCCAUGUCAACAUCGGUACCAUUGGUCAUGUCGAUCACGGAAAGACCACCCUGACCGCUGCCAUCACCAAGGUCCUGGGAGAGCACAACGGAGGUACCUUCAUGGACUACAACGACAUUGACAAAGCCCCCGAGGAGAAAGAGCGUGGUAUCACCAUCGCCACAGCCCACGUCGAGUACGAGACCGACAACAGACACUACGCACACAUCGACUGUCCCGGUCACGCCGAUUACGUCAAGAAUAUGAUCACUGGUGCGGCGCAGAUGGACGGUGGUAUCAUGGUUGUGGCCGGAACGGACGGACAAAUGCCCCAGACGCGCGAGCACUUGCUGCUCAGUAAACAGGUUGGAGUAGAUAAGCUAGUCGUCUUCAUCAACAAAGCCGACAUCGUCGACGACGAGGAGAUGCUGGAGCUCGUCGAGAUGGAGAUGCGUGAAACUCUGACCGAGUACGGCUACGACGGUGACAACACACCCAUUGUGCGUGGCUCAGCCUUGUGCGCACUAGAGGGACGUGAGGAUAAGAUGGGCAAGGACGCCAUCAUGGAGCUUAUGGCUGCUGUGGAUGAAUGGAUCCCCACCCCCGUGCGUGACCUAGAUAAGCCGUUCCUUAUGCCCGUUGAGGAUGUGUUCUCUAUUGCUGGGCGUGGCACCGUGGUGACUGGCCGUAUCGAGCGUGGCAAGAUCAACAAGGGUGAGGAAAUCCAGAUCGUUGGUAACGGCUCUGAUCUCAAAACCACUGUCACUGGACUGGAAAUGUUCCACAAGAACCUGGAGCAGGGUAUUGCCGGAGACAAUCUCGGCGCUCUUGUGCGUGGUCUUAAGCGUGAAGAGAUCACGCGUGGUAUGGUCAUGUGCGCACCCGGCACCGUCACCACACACAAGAAGUUCCAGGCCGAGGUCUACGUGCUGACCAAGGAUGAGGGUGGUCGACACACGCCAUUCGUCAACAACUACAGGCCACAGAUGUACUUCCGCACCGCCGACACCACGUGUUCCGUAACUCUUCCCGAGGGCACUGAGAUGGUGAUGCCUGGAGACAACACCUCAUUGACUGUGGAGCUGAUCAAGAGUGCCCCCAUCGAUCUUGGUAUGCGUUUCACCAUGCGUGAAGGUAACAAGACCAUCGGAACCGGAGUCGUGACCAAGGUGAUCACCUAAAUAUACCUUGGCAACGAAUGAAUAAAGUAUACUUCUAUCCGACA